AUGAGCGCUCCUCCGGCAGUCAUCCCCCGCGCGAAUAUGGGCACAGCCGUGUCCAAAAGGAAGACGCUGAGGAACGAGGCCAUGUCGUCGGUGGCGGCCAAAGUGAGAGCGGCAAGGGCUUUUGGAGAAUACCUUUCACAAAAUCAUCCUGAAGGCAGAAAUGGCUCAGAUCACCUGUUAGCAGACUCCUACAUCGGGCAGGAGGACUCCCCCGAGAUGCAGCAGGCAGCACAGAACAAGCGCAGGCUCUCCGUCAUCUCCGAUGGCAAGUUUGAGAGGAGCUUCUCUGAGGAGCAGGCAGAGAAGAUGCCAAGUGAGGGACCGAAGCCACGAGUCUACACCAUCUCCGGCGAGAGGCCGAUGCUGUCAGACCACGAGAACGAAAGCAUGGAGCUGGUGGUGAUGAAAGGGGCUGCCCAAGAGGAAUGCCACCACGGCCACCCUGUGCACGGUGCUGGUGGCUCUCACGGUGUCAGCAGGCAUUGCAAGGGCUGGCCUGGCAGCCGGCAGGGAUCCAAGGAGUGCCCAAACUGCACCCGGCUGGCUGCUCCUUCUCAUCAUUCCUUUGACCUAGAGCCGCAUCAAUCCGGUGAGACUGGAUGGCACAGAAAAAGGCUGGAGAGGAUGUAUAGUGUCGAUCGAGUGUCUGAUGAUGUCCCCAUACGAACCUGGUUCCCAAAAGAGAACCUCUUCAGUUUUCAAACUGCUACUACAACUAUGCAAGCGGCAUUCAGGGGCUACGCAGAAAGGAAGAGACGGAAACGAGAGAAUGAUUCUGCAGCUGUUAUACAGAGGAAUUUUCGGAAGCACCUCCGCAUGGUGGGGAGCCGAAGGGUUAAAGCACAAACAUUUGCCGAACGGCGUGAGAGGAGCUUCAGCAGGUCCUGGAGUGACCCGACUCCCAUCAAAGCUGAUUCCUUCCAUGACUCUCGAGAAAGCCAUGACCUUCAGGAUUCCUGUGGCACUUUGGAUGGUGACUUUGACUUGAACUGGGAAGCAGAAAAGGAGCUUGAAGCCAUGGCGUGUGAUGGAGAAGACUUUAUUCCACCAAAAAUAAUGCUCAUUUCUUCCAAGGUGCCCAAAGCUGAAUACGUCCCAACAAUUAUUCGCAGGGACGAUCCCUCCAUCAUCCCCAUUCUCUAUGACCACGAACACGCCACCUUUGAUGACAUCCUAGAGGAAAUAGAGAAGAAGCUUAACAUUUAUCGGAAAGGCUGCAAAAUCUGGAAAAUGCUGAUAUUUUGCCAGGGGGGUCCAGGUCACUUAUACUUGUUAAAGAACAAAGUUGCCACUUUCGCCAAAGUGGAGAAGGAGGAAGAUAUGAUCCUCUUCUGGAAGAGGUUGAGUCGUCUGAUGAGUAAAAUCAAUCCUGAACCAAAUAUCAUUCACAUCAUGGGCUGCUAUGUUCUUGGAAACCCCAAUGGGGAGAAGCUAUUUCAGAAUCUGAAAAACUUAAUGAAUCCUUAUAGGGUUGCCUUUGAGUCUCCACUUGAACUAUCAGCUCAAGGUAAGCAAAUGAUUGAGACUUACUUUGACUUCCGCCUUUACCGCCUCUGGAAGACCCGCCAGCACUCUAAACUAUUGGAUUACGAUGACAUUUUAUGAUCCGGAGAAGACUUUGCAAGAAGUUGUUGAUCACCAGUGUCCAAGAAGUCAUGCUUAUUGCAGAGAGACUCUUUUAUUGGCACAGGGAGCCCUACAGGAGGCUGCAGUGCUAAAGGGAGGGAAGAAGGAGCCCUCGGAAGUGGAUCGGGAAGAAAGUCUCCUGGGUCAAGAGAGACUGGAGGGGAAGGGGUUUGACGCCUCGCUGGCCUCGGGUCAGAGCCGUGGUGUCUCAGGAGGAGCUGUGUGAAGUGAGGACAGGAUGGAGUUCCUUGCAGAACUGAGCUGUUUUGGGUCAGAAUGGGCCAGAUUUGAUUCCAGGUCCUUUUAAAGACUUUUAAAGCUCAGGUUUUCUUACAAAAAAUAAAAAAUAAAUUACCCGUGCACUACAAUGAAGAAGUGACCAGAGCACAGAGGAAGGAAGGUUUUGUACUCAUGGGACCUUCUGUGCCUGGGGAUCUUGGAGAGCAAGGACUGCUACACCUACUCCUGCAGGCUGACAUCAAGACGAUCCAGUGUCAGUGUGAAUAUACUGGAAUAUAGAAUUGAAGUCUAACUUUUUUUGGUUUUGUUUAAUAGAAAAUAAGUGCAAUUUUUAUAGAGAGGAGGGAGAAACCCCUCCUGGUAUUUAAUUAGUUGAAAAUAACACACCAGUAACCAAUAGAUGAGGUAUUUUUGGUCUGCUUGAAAAUAUAUUCAGAAUGGUAAUAUAUCUUCUGUAGACAUAUUUAAUCACCAGCAAACAUGGUUUUAACGUAACCUAGCAGACCCUGCAUGUCUGCUGCAUUGAUUAAUCCGGUUUGGUUCAUUACUUUCAGAGUAGCUGUGUUGCACAAAUUGUAUGUGCUCUCACGAAUGUAUAUUUCUCCUCCAGUUAGACACAACUUUGUUACUUUCUAUUUUGCUGCUUGCAAAACUAUGUGACUUUAGUUUUGCUGAAAUAUUUUAGGUUAGAAAUACGGUACUUGGCUGGGAAGCCUCGGCCAGGUUCACUAUGAUAUAAAAAUGAAGUAGAAAUUAAUAGCCAUGGUAAUUGUUCACGCCAGUACUUUGCAACGUGUUGAGAGAUGGGCUCUUUGGGGCUGCUGUGUUGAGCAGUGAGGGUUCAGGCCAUCAGAAACCCUCCCAGGAGGUUGGGAAGAAAUGCUUCCUGAAGAGUUCAGCACGGGUUUGUAGCAUGAGAUUGAAUCUUCCCUGUGUUCACUUGAUUGCGAGUUGUUUGGGCGUAGAUCUCCUCUUUUCAGUGCUAGAAAGACCUGUUUGUUGGGCAGAGCUGCUCACAUCCCUUCCUGUGCAGGGCAAAGCAAACGCAGGGCUUUGUUGCUGUGGUUUGAGAGCCCAGAUUUGUACUUGACAUUUGAGGGAUCUAUUUUGGAAUAGAUUUCCUUUGUGUUCCUUUAGCACAGGGACUGAUUUUUGUUUUGGGAUGGGUUUGGUUUGGUUUUCUCCAUCUGCAGCUCUCCAGAGGACAACUCCAUACCACUUGCAGUCCGUGCAGGUCACCGGCUCUCCUGGGAGGGGAUACACUCCAUUUCUUACAUAAGUAAAAUGUACUGGAGGUGAACAGGGAGGAUUAGGAUUGUUUUCCAGGUUAGGAUUGUUUUCCUGAUUUCCUGGGACCUAAAUUAUCAGAUUGUGACGCGAUGGCAAAUAUGUGUACAGACGUUGCUUUAAAUACUUGCAAAAAGCAGUAGUUGUUCUGAUCUGUAGAGUACUCCUUCCCUCUGUGAUGUGUGUGGUGUAAUCCUGGGGGCAGGCUGCUGGCUGGAACUGCUGAACCCUGUACAUUUAGAGCAGUUUCGUAGCAAAACUUUUGAAGAAAGAAUGUACAUAUGGUGUGUAAAGGGAGGAAUAGUGGGAGAGAGGGAGAGGUUGGAGCCGUGAAGGCAGCGCAUUGAACCAAACAGCUCACAGCUGCUUCUCUGCCUGCUGGGCUCCAGCCCCUGAGCUGGCUGGGUUUCCAGACCUGCAGUGAAGGGGACAGGCUGUGAUUUUUGGCAGAAAAUGCCAGAUUUAAACCCCAAACCCACAUGGAUACCAAUUGUCUGUUCCUUAGCGUGGCAGCCUCUACCAGCUGUGCUUGUGAGAGGUGGGAGCCACAGGUUCAGUAAGCAAAGUCACGCGUUAUUUAGAGCGUGGUCGUGGCAGGAUUAAAAUGCUGAUACAAAAUUCUCCCUUUGUGACCCUUUUACCUCCUAUGGUUAUUGCUCCUCACUGGAGACUGACAACUUGUUCUUCCUCUUUCUUUUCUGAAGUGAAAUCCCAAUUCGGUGAACUUGGUAGCAUGGAUGUAGCAUUGUGGAACUAUUGAAAACCUUCUAUAUCUGGGAAAGGGCCCAUUUAUGUCCCCACUUCAGUGAUUUGUCUGUACAAUUAUUGUGUAUCUAUUAGCACUGACCACUUGUAGAACUCGGGUUGCAAAGUAGAAAGGUGUUUCUUGCAUAAGCACUGUAGGAAGGUGUGUGUUGGAACAAGCAGCACGCGCUGUUCUGGUGCAGCUGACUGUGGUGCAGUGUAAUGACAAACUGACUGCGUUCCUCUCUUUUCCAAAGAUCUAUUAUCAACAUAGCUUGUGAUGUUUAUGACAUGAGCGUAUUGUUUCUGUUGUAGCGUUCUUUUGACUCGAGAGAUGAAACACUCUCAAAGCUGUGACUGGGGAGACAGCAGAGUGUUGAUGUUUUCUGUGCAAGUAGCGUCAUUGAAGCGUUGACUGUUCAGAUGGAAAAAAAGUAAUUCUUCCCCUUUUAACCUCUUGAAUUUUGUAAGCGGCUGUUGGGGGAAAAAAGGAAUCAGCAGAGAAUAGGGUGGGAAACAAAAAAGUGUAAGCAUUACAAAUAGAGCCUGUGACUCCUCAGCUGGACCAGGCUGCACAGGGCGACCUGUGUGCAUGCUGCUGUCGGAGCUGAGUGCAGUCUGUCCUGCCCAAGGCCUCUCUGUGCUUCCUCCAGCUUUGAACUGCGCUGUUGGGAUGCGUCUGCCUGAAGCCAUGGAACUACUUUGCUCACACACACUAAUAGCUGCCUGAGUUGGAGCUGCCGUGUAAGAAAGGGGAUCCUGGGGAGCAGCUUGCAGCAUGGUUGUGCCCACGUUAACCUGCUCUUCUGGGGGAUCUGCAGCCCUUCUGCUGUGCUGUGCUUUGGGCUCUGCCCCAGCACGGCCAUUCUGCUUGCCUGCUGCUCCUGCAGCUCCAGGGGUUGGAUUUGCCCUUAGCGGGGGCUGGAAAAACCAUGAUGUGCAGUGCAAGUCCUGGUUAACCUGGAGAGAAGUGGGAUAAACUGGAAUAGCUACAUGGGAGCACCUCAGCAAAGUGCAGGCUGUGACUCCAGCCCUUUACUUACCCUUCCUACUGAGGAAUGCCAAUAGAGAGCUCUGCUGGGCUCAGACUGGGAGCAGCCCUGGCAGCUCGGUCGCCUUGCUCCAGAAGCUGAGGAUGCCCAUCUCUUUGGCUGUAGCACUUGUCCUGUACAGGGCUUCCUAGAGAGGCUUUUCUCUUCUCUAUUGGCUGGGAAGGAUGAGAAGGAAGAGAAAUUGGUGCCCUAAGGGACAGAGAAAGUCAGAAAACUGUUAGAGCUUUUUGCAUCUCUCCUCACACUGCAGCUACCAGCUUCCUUUGCAACUGACCUCCAGGCCUGGGAUGGCAAACGAAUGAAUUAGCAGACCAGCCCUGCUAUUGCAUUAAACCCAUAAAAUCAUACCAGUCUGUGUAGCUCCAGAGAAACAUCUGACUGCAGAAGGCAAACAGCCCGUCCUGGCCCUGCUGUGUGUACUGUGGGUUCCCACUCCCUCCACCUCCGAGCACCUCAGGAGCUCCCUGAGCCUCAUCCCAUGUCCCUGGGGAGCUCUGCUUGCCUCCCAGCAGUGCUGCUUUGCUGAGAGCACUCUGGAAAUGAAUUUGUCCCUCAUUUCUCAGCGUGGAC